CUUCAGUGUCUUGACGUGUCACCUGAUACACUAGAGAGACUAUAAUAUUAAUACUUUAGAAUAGGAUACACCCGAACUACACUCAAAUUAAAUAAUGGUACCAUCAUCAUCAAGUAAAAAAUCAGCAGUGCAAUUCAUUUUAGAAGAUAAACGCAAUGAAAUAUGCAGCAACCUUGCUAGUCUUAACUCAGCGGUGAACAAAUUGGAUCAAACUUACACCAAACUGGAGGAAAUGAUAAAUGAUGUAGAUUUGCUACAAUGCUCAACAUUAGAGGCAAUGAGAGUAGCCAAAUACAUGGAUUUUUUCUUGGAGAAAAUAUUACUCAGCCAAGAAGCUAUCACAUUUUUGAAUGACUUCAAAGUUGAGCCUGGUUCUCACUGGCCUUCAACAGAAAGUAACUCACACACAGAAAGUGCUCAUGCUGCAACUGUCAGUAUUCUACAAAACCAGUUGGAAGAUAUGCAAAAACAAGUGUCCAGCUUGCAAGAAAAACAAAAAAUAAGUACUGAUAGGAUUGAAUUGGCUGAAAAAAACAUUGACUUGGUCAAAACGGAGCAAAAAUCAAACCAAGACAAUAUUACUAAAAUGGGAAUCAAGCAACUCCUUCUUGACCAAAUACAGUUAAGAAAUGAUAAAAGCAUUUUGAAAAUAGAUGACAGAACUUCUACACUAGAAGAUUCUGUACAGGCUAUAAGAGGGGAGGUAAGCAAACUGCAAGAUGAAAUGAAGAAAGUUGAAGUUUUUAAAAAAUUGCUGCAUCAACUUCAGCAGAAUGUUGACUCAAGAGCUGAAACAUCUACAAAGCUAUAUGACCUGCAGUCUGAAGUAGCAAGACUUCAUAGUCUUAUGUCUUCUAUUGAGAAUAAUCAAUGUAAAGAUGCCAUUGAAACUGUACCAGCGUUUGUUGCUGAGGCCAAAAUUAACACAGUCAGACCAGGAGAAAGGUUAAAGUUCACCCAGGUCAACUACAGCUCCUGGGGGUGCUAUGAUGACACCAGCAGCAGUUUUGUGGCCCCCGUCAGUGGACUUUAUUUUUUUAGUGUAUCAGUCAACACCAACAGCCCAGGUCCCUUUUCUCUAGCAAUCAUUCACCAAGCUGAACCUGUUGCUCUGUGCGCCACGCCUGGAUCUACAGAUGUUCAGACUAGCACAUCUGUUCUCUUAAACCUUUGCGCUGGGGAACAGGUGUGGGUAGAGGCGGAGUUACGAACUUUCCCUCAGGGGGUCGAGAUUGGAGGAGGUUUUUCUAACUUCAUUGGUUUCCUCAUUAGGUGAUAGUACACUAGUAAUUGUCCCAUUGAGAGCAUUACGGUCACAUUUCUAGCUUCAUUGGUUUUCGCAUUAGGUGAUAGUACACUAAUGAAUGUCACAUUGAGGGCAUUACGGUCACAUUUCUAGCUUCAUUGAGGGCAUUAGGUCACAUUUCUAACUUCAUUGGUUUCCUCAUUUGGUGAUAGUACACUAAUGAAUGUCACAUUGAGGGCAUUACGAUCACAUUUCUAGCUUCAUUGGUUUCCUCAUUAGGUGAUAGUACACUAAUAAAUGUCACAUAGAUGGCAUUACUGUCACAUUUUCUAUUAUUUUUUUAUCUUGGUGCUUUUAUAAAGUUUUGCAAUAGCUGUUACAAAUAAAUCAAAUAAACGUUCACUAAAAAAUACAGGUCUGCAUUUAUGUCAUAAAAAGUAAAAUGCAUUGAAAUCGGAUGUGUUGCACAUUUGUUUAUUAAGAUUCAGCAGCUAAGAACCUCUGUAUUUAGUAAGCUUUAGCUAAGAACCUCUCUCUUAUUACACUAGCAGUUAAGAGUUUUAAUUUUGAGCAAUGAUUGCUAACUUGACUCCCCUCAUGAAUAUACAGUAGAACCCAUAUAUAUCUCAUGUGUAGUUGUAGUAUUUUGCACACAAACAUGAUUAUAGUAGCACACAAACAAGUAAGACCCCAUUUUUAACAGGGUAUGUGUAGUGCUGUGGAAAUUUUUUGGAGCUCACCCGUAUCAUCAUAGUAGUAAGCUGGGAGGUUGUAUAAAAUGUGUAAAAUGUUGCACCUAUUUUGUGCCAUGUUCUAAUUUAUUCACAUUAUUUCCAUGCAACAACAACCAACACACACAACAACCACAUAGCAACAGCUGUUAACACUAGGAGGCAUUAUCAUACAUUGUCAUACAGUGUAACCAUUUGUUUUACUUAGUUAAGUCACAACUUUAAUUUUUAAAAAUACAUGAUCUCCUAUACUGAGACAUCACAACAUUCAUGUAUUCUAUUCUCAUUCUAUUCCACUAUAUAUUAUAUACACAAUAUAAAUGUUAUUUAUUCAUUCCACAAUUUUAAAUGCUAUUUUAUUACUAUGUCUUAAUAUUUAAUUGCUGUUUUAUUAAAAUGUCUUUGAUAUUUUUUUUAAUAACUGCCAGUGAAGUUAAUGAAAAACUUUAAUGGGGGAUAGCAUGGUCUAGUGGUAGACCACAUGCUAUCUAACCCAAAACUCUUGUUUGGACUGUAAGUAAUCCUCUGAUCAAACUUCCCCUAAUGUCCCAACUAGCUGGUGCGAUGUACUAGGGAGAAAACAAAAAACCCAUGUGUGUAGCUGCUGGUAACGUGGGUGAGAGAAAUGAUUUGUUCUAAACACUGUUCCAGUCUGCCUGGCUGAUGAGAACAUUUUGGAAGCUGUGAUAAAUUUAUACGAGGGAGAAACCAAACCAACCUUAUGCUUCAACUUUAUGUCUUGUUCCCAUUCAACAAUAAAAAGAAAAUACUUUAAAAAUAAAAUGUUGUCUUUAAUUGUAAAAAAAAAGAUUGUUGUGUAUAUUAAA